AUGGCAGCGGCUUCAAAAGAAGCUCAACAACAACCAUUAUCACCAAUUGGUAAUGCUGUCGCAGGAGCUUUAGGAGCUUUAUUCGCGUUGUCCAUAACUUAUCCGCUGGACAUUAUAAAAACUCGACUUCAAGUACAAUCAAAAAGUACACAUACUACUGAAUACUACGAGUCAACAAUAGAUGCGAUUGUUAAAAUAUUGAAAACCGAAGGAAUACUUGGUCUUUAUACGGGAUUGCCUUCCGGUCUUAUCGGAGUAGCCUCAACAAACUUUGCAUACUUUUAUUGGUACUCUUUCAUUCGUACUCGCUAUCAACAAGCACGUUCUACGUUGUCUUUAUCUACUGCUGAAGAGCUCACACUUGGUGCCCUUGCAGGUGCACUUGCUCAAAUUUUUACAAUUCCUGUGUCUGUUGUAACUACACGACAACAAACUUCGACCAUCACUGAACGUAAAAGCCUUACGAAUACUGUAAAAGAAAUUGUUUCUGAAGAUGGAAUCAUUGGAUUAUGGAAAGGAUUGGGUCCAUCAUUGGUAUUAUGUGUCAACCCUGCUAUAACCUAUGGUGCUUUUGAGAGAUUCAAAGAUAUAAUGCUAAAGAAAAACUUUAACCUUACACCUGGUCUAAUCUUUUGGUUGGGUGCCCUCAGUAAAACUAUUGCUACUGUGGUUACUUACCCACGAAAAUAUCGGCCAUGA